UUGAAAGAUUGUCACUUGUGUAUUGACUGAAAAUUAUCAUUAUCAUGUGAAUAACGUUUGCGAUGCUACUAACAAAUUCAACAUGACUCUGUUUUACAUUCUCCUUAAGAAUAUUAGGGAAUGCGCUCUCUUUAAGAAACAUGUUUACCAUGCUUCUAAACAGUUGCGAGGCAAAGAAUUAGAAAGAGGAACGAUACUCCUGGAAGAUCCAAAUGACAAAACGCGGUUCGUUGUGGCCGAUCGCAAAGAAGUCUUCUUCGAUAAGAGCUGUGUCGAGGGCCUCGACGAUAAGUCAGAACUCCUUUCAGACGAAUUAGCAGAAGUGCUUUUGGAGAUUAUUUCUCUAGACGAACGACUACGGUUAUUCCGACAAAGAGUACGGGAAAGUAGCCGGAGGGUCACUUACUCAGAGGCUGAGCUUUUGAGACCAAGGACACCUACAGAAGGUGCUGACGGGAGACCUAGAAGUAGACGGUCAGAAUCUAGGUCCGCUGCCAGACGAGAUGAAGAGCGUCAAAAACUGGAAAAUGAGCUAACAUUGCAGAGAGAACAAAUAGACAACUUAACUGCAAGAAAAGAAGACCUUGAGAAGCAGUUGUACGAAAAAGAAUGUAGGUCUGUCAGACAAGACGAAGAACGAAAAAAACUGGAAAAGGAGCUUGAAUUGCAGAAAGGACGAACCAACACCUUAGUUGAGAAAAACGAAGCCCUCAAGAAGCAGUUGUCUGAAAAAGAUACUCACUUGGCAGCCUUUGACCAGCAACGAAGAAAAUUGGAGGAAGAAAAGGUUCGAUUAAUGAAAACGCAAAAAGUCUUCCAAAAAAAGUUAAACGAAGUAACACAAAGUAGGAGUGAACAGAAAGAUCAAUUAACGAAAAGGCUGAACGACCUUCAAGAAAACUUAGACGAAGUGAGAGAAAGUGGGAACGAAGAGAGAUAUCAGUUAAUGGAAAGGCUAAAAGACCUCCAAGAGGACUUAGAUGAAGUAACACAAGCUAGGGAGGUUGCUGAACAGCAAGUAAGGAACCUGGAAGCAGAGUCAAUAGCAAAAGAUGAACAUAUGAAAGAACUGGAAGAGUCUUUAUCUACAAUUCAACAAGCUCUAGAUGGCAGACCAAAAGAGUCCUGUGAAUGGGUCAUUUCUCGCGACGAGAUUUUCUUAACAGAUAAGAUACUUGGGGAAGGUGCGUGGGGAAAAGUUCUCCUGGGAAGAUUCAGAAACUGCAAAGUAGCCGUGAAACAGGUUCACAGCUUGAUUCGCUUCCCUUCAGCCAGAUCCUCAUUUGAAAGAGAAAUGGAGGUUGCUUCAAGAUGCCGCCACCCUUGUUUGCUGCAGUUUAUUGGGGCAACAAACGAUGAAGGAACUCCUCUGCUUGUGACAGAGCUAAUGGAAACCAGUCUACGAGCGUCGUUAGGCCCCCAGUUUCAACCUCUCUCUGUUCCAGGGAUCUACAUCAUCUCUUUGGAUGUAGCACUCGGUCUUAAUUACUUGCACCAAACUAAGCCCUUACCCAUCAUCCACCGCGAUCUCAGUAGUGCUAACGUGUUGCUAUGGCGUCAUGGUCGGCGAUGGCGAGGAAAAGUCUCAGAUUAUGGCUCGGCUAAUUUUAUUCAGCAAAGAAUGACACCUGGGCCGGGAGCACGGGUAUAUAGUGCUCCUGAAGCUGCUACAGAAGACAAACAGACAAUCAAGAUUGAUGUGUACAGUUUUGGAGUUCUUCUCUGUGAAAUGUGCACGCGGAAAUUUCCAGAUCCUGACCGUCGAGAGGAACAAAUAUCCCAAGUGAAAAAUGAAGAGUUUCGAAGCCUCAUACAACGUUGCGUACAGCCAGACCCUGGGGAGCGACCUGAUAUGCAGGAAAUUAGUUUUGAACUAGAGGCCUUGUUCGACCCCCAGUCAGAAAUGGAAGACGAUAAGCCAUCAAUUGGAGAGAUAGAGCAAAUGCUAAGAAGUGCUGUUAUAGAAACUAAAGAUGAAGAUCAGUCAAAGGAAAUACGCCAAGAAACAAAUGAACUGCACACGACGAGCAGCAUACAACCACGUCGAGAGAUACCUGACUGGAUCAUUCCACGUGAACAAAUUGAGCUGACAGGUGACUGGCUUGGCAAAGGAUCAUUGGGAUUGGUCUUUAGGGGCAAGUACAAUGGCUUUGCCGUGGCCGUGAAGCAGAUCCACGAGACUCUUCUUUCUCUUGACAGCCGAAGUUUGUAUGAGCAAACGAUAGACGUGGCUUCAAGAUGCCGCCACCCUUGUUUACUCCAGUUCAUUGGAGCAACUCGCGACGAAGGAUUUCCUUUGAUCGUGACAGAACUCAUGGAAAGAAGUCUAGAAUCAUUUUUAGCCUCGCGAUCUCUCUCAGAAAAAGAAAUCUCCUUUAUUUCUCAAGAUGUAGCUGCGGCAUUGAACUACCUCCACCACAAAUUACCGUCUCCAAUUGUCCACCGGAACGUCAGCAGUGCCAAUGUGUUGCUUUGGCUACAAGGUCCACAAUGGAGAGGAAAGCUGACAAUUUCAAUUGCUACCACCUUCCAGCAGGAAACCAUGUCAACUGCUCCAGGUGAUAUGCUAUACAGUGCACCAGAGACAGUUAGCUCAAGGCAAACCGUGAAGAUGGAUAUCUACAGUUUUGGUGUUCUUCUGUGUCAAAUGUGCAUCUUGGAAUCGCCAGAUCGUGAAAGGCGUGAAGAGCAAGUCAAAAUGGUGACAAACCAAGCGCUUCAAGAAAUGAUAAAGAGAUGCUUGAAAAGGGAUCCUGAGGAUCGUCCAAGGAUUGAGGAUAUCGUUAAUAUGUUGGGCAUGGGCUGAGCCCCACUUAUUUCAGUAAGGUCAAACCACAUUUAUCUCAAGUCGGUUUUUCAGUACCAGGCGUAAUCAAAGCCAGAGACACAACAAAUUUAAAGGUAUCUGCUUGCAGACAAAUAAUUUGUAGUUUAGCAAAUUAAUCAGAUACAUUUUUGCCUCAUGAUACUCCUAAUAUCUUAAGCAUCCUAAUAUCUUAAGCAUCCGUUGGAAAAAUAGGAACAGACAUUUAAAGAAACUGACGUGCAAGUUUUCUCAGUGAUUGAAAAGUUAGAACCCGUUCGACCCUAAAUAACAUUUAUCUAAUUUAGUCUCUUGAUCACGUAAUUGCAACCACCAAGGUUCAUAGGACCACAUGGGUCGUUAGAAACGUGACAAAUAUCUACAAUUCAUCGUCAUCCUUGCUUGUUAAUAUUGUGAUGGAAACUCUCCAAGUUUUGCUAAGUCUGUAUUUAAAACUCCCCUUUUCCAUGCCGUUGAGCUAGAGGUUCCCUACUCGAGGAUUUUUUUUCUCUUUUUCUGUAAAGUCUACACCUGUACUUUUUGGCAGCCUUGGCAAUUUUUUACGGACUGCGAAUUCAAAAGCCUCUGAAGCGCGAUCUGGAACUUUGAUAGAAAUAAGAUACAAUGGAAGAUAGAAGCCUGUAAGGUGUGUGAAGCGUUUUUCCUCCCUUAGUAGAGGGACCCAUCUAAAUGCCCAACAACAACAAGCGAGUCCUAGGACACCUUCCGUUACUACCAUGGCCGGCCUUGUAAUGGUGUUCAUUCAAACUCAAAAUAAAACGAAGCCAACAGAAAUAGGUUA